AUGAUGAUGGGAGAGGUUGCCGAUUGGCUGGAUCUAAACGGCCGGGAUGUCAAUUGGAUCUCUCCCACACGGAGGCUUCGAAAACUUGUUCCUUUGCCUGAAGCACUCAUUUCACAACUUUCGGCAUCCCGCUCUUCAACACCUACAGUGGUAGAACCUACAGAACAUCCCUACAUAUUCCUUCACUUUAUUGCUCUUCAACUGCUGGCCUCCUGUUACACCUUACUUCCAAGUUCAAGUGCCGAGAGUCUUCCCCUAUGUGGUCAAAAGCUUCCAGAGCUUGCCACUUCACUGAAAUUACAUGCUCAGUAUCGCUUUUCUCCGGCUGCAGGGCACCACGCUCCAUGCCCUUCGGAAGCGUCGCCUUGGCCUGGCCUAUACUACGGGCCUUGUCUCGAAGAAAGGGUAGCGGAGCAGGUCAGUAAAAAGCGCCGAAUCCAGAAACAUCUUCGCGAAACAUCUUCAUCGCGAAGCGAAGAGCCUUGUCCUAGUGGAGGCACAGAUAAAAGAGAAGGGAGUGACGGACCCACCUAUCCCCAAAUCCACGACGAACGACGAGCAUCUAUCUCUAGCUCAAGCUCAAGCUCUACCUCUGGGCAAGGGCUCUUGUCAAGAUGGAUCUGCCAGCCUUCUUUUUCCAAAGCACCACGACGCCGGCCCAAUCGCCUCUUCCUGGACAAUAUCUUCAGUACUCCUACCGGACGCAAAUCAAUAUAUCCCCAUAGGCACCAGUCAGAUAACAUCACCCAAACUCGACGCAGUCCAGCCAAGAACAUAACAUCGUUUCUGCACACGAGACAACGAAUUCCACCGACUUUACUACUUCGCAGGACCCAAUCCGUGCCUCGACGAGCCGACAACAUCGUUUCUCCUUUUCCACCAUAUUCGGUCCUCAAUCUGCGUCGAAACAACUCCACUCCCACAAUUAGGAGCCCGCCUCAAUAUCCCUACGAAAUUCCAGAGAUUCGGCACACCUCUGCGCUCACCACAAGCCCACUCCAGGCGGACGGCAGAGGAGAAUACCUGACUGCCAAAGAGUUUCUAGACGAGACAAGACUAAGCCCAGCUCAUGCACUUCUUGUGAACCACACCACACAUUCGUCUCCUGGGCUCUUGGCUCCGCUUUCCUCUGAAGAUGCUAUCAUAACUACCUUUCAGACAAAGCCCAGUAGAUACUUUGGGAAGGCUUCUAUAAAUACAAUGCCACAGGAGGACUCAAUGAUGGAAAAACUGGAUUGGGAAAGCCAACAGAACAGCGCUCACGGAACAAACGAUGUUGGGAGUGCGGUAGAGGAGCCCUGGUCUAAGGACAGUGUUGACAAGCUGGAUAAAAGAAAGAGCAUGCUCGUUCGAACUCCAGAUUUAUGUCCAGUAUUCUCUCGCAGAAGUUUUCGAAAUAAUGGAGAAGAAAUUGGGGAUUGCAACCAGGAUAGUGACAGCGUUGUUGAGGUAGCGACUUUUGGGGAAUUUCAUCACAAUGCGUAA